AUGGAAGACAACCUCAGAACAAACAACACACGGCAGGUUUGGCAAGGGAUCCAACAUCUAACCAACUACAGACCAAACCUUGCUGCUGUUGAUGGGAACCCUUCACUGGCAGAGGAGCUUAACCUCUUCUUUGCCCGCUUCGAGGUGGAGCCACCAGAGACAGCUGCAUUACAGGCAUCAGCUAACAACAGCCCCUCCCUCAGGGUAGAGGAACAUGAGGUGAGGCGCACGCUGAGGUCUGUGAACCCGAGGAAGGCUGUCGGACCUGAUGGCAUCACUGGACAGGUGCUGAAGGAUUGCGCGGACCAGCUGGCGGGGGUCUUUACUAAGAUCUUCAAUCGUUCCUUACAUCAGUCCACUGUCCCACCCUGCCUCAAAUCCUCAAAUAUUGUCCCUCUGCCCAAAACAUCAACAAUCAUAGGCCUUAAGGACUAUAGACCCGUCGCCCUGACCCCGAUCAUCACAAAAUGCUUUGAGAAACUGUUUGCUUACAGGGCGAACAGGUCCACAGAAGAUGCCAUCACCACCACUCUCCACACUGCUUUGUCCCAUCUGGAGCAACCGGGGAGCUACGUGAGGCUGCUGUUUGUGGAUUUCAGUUCCGCCUUUAACACCAUCCUUCCUCAAAGACUUGUUUCCAAACUGGAGGCCCUCGGACUCCCCACCUCCACAUGCCUCUGGAUUUUGGACUUCUUGACAGCCCGUCCCCAGAGGGUUAGAGUAGGGUCCCACAAGUCGACAGCUAUCACCCUUAGUACCGGCUCCCCACAGGGCUGUGUGCUGAGCCCCCUGCUCUACACCGUCUACACACAAGACUGCACCUCCACCCACCCCAGCAAUACCAUCAUGAAGUUUGCAGACGACACCACAGUAGUGGGGCUUAUCUCUGGGAAUGAUGAGUCUGCUUACCCGGACGAUGUGGAGCGGCUCUGUGUUUCUAAUUGCACAGAGUUUGUCUCUGUUCUGCAGAAGUAUUACCUGUCACCCCUUUAUGGACUCGAGUUCUGCAUUGGUUUCCCUGGCAACCUGUUGGUUGUUCUCGGUUACCUUUUUUGCCUAAAGGACUGGCAGAGUUGUAAUAUUUACCUAUUCAACCUGGCUGUCUCUGACCUUAUUUUUCUCUGCACGCUGCCAUGCUUCUCCUAUUUUUAUUCCAAUGACUUCCAAGAGACCAAUAUCUACAUUUGCCUUAUCAAUCGCUAUGUUCUGCAUGUCAACCUUUACUCCUCCAUCCUUUUCAUGGUUUGGCUCAGCAUGGAUCGGUUCUUGCUGAUAAAGCAUCCAACAAGGAACCACUACCUCCUGAAACGGCACUCAGCAUUGCUUUUGACAGGCCUGACCUGGCUACUAGUUAAUGUGGAAAUUACGCCAAUGAUCUCUCUAAUGAUACAGGAUUUCAAAAGAGGUAACUGGAGUGUCUGCAAUGAUUUUGCCAGCCUUUCAGGAGACAUCAAUUUGUUAGGCUACAGCUUGGGCUUAACGUUUACUGGUUACGUUCUUCCUCUGCUCGGACUUUGUAUUUUUUCCCAACAAAUUGCGCAUCUGCUCCACGCAAAGGAAAGAGUUCUCCAGUUGAGAGUAUCAUACAAGCGACCUCUGCGGGUGGUUACGUCAGCUGCUGUCUUGUUUUCUAUUCUAUACUCUCCCUACCACAUUCUAAGAAACGUCAGGAUUGCAUCUCAGCCUCCCUGGACGAAGCUGUCUCAGUGUACCAUCAUGAACAUAGAGGCACUGUAUAUUUUGACCCGACCGCUGGCCUUCCUGCACAGUGUCAUAAACCCCGUCUUCUACUUCUUCAUGGGAGACAAGUUCAGAAACCUCCUCACCGACAAAAUCCGAAAGAUUGCAAUUCAGAGAAAACUUAGAAGAGACCAGUCGUGACUUCAUCUUUUCUAAAUUCUAUCAGACAUUUCUGCAUGUGUACAAGUUAUAAAAAGAAUAAUGUUGCUGUAUUUUUUUAAGUAAGCUUUUUGUCAAACUUAAACUUGAACUUAAACUGUUUUAUUUUUUAACCAAUGUGAUGCAUUUAAACUGACAUUUAUAGGCAACAUGCAUGUUGCAUGACACAUUUUUUAAUAGAAUGUAAUUUUAUCUGGAAAUAAUAUUCUUGAUUACG